AUGCCUGAAUCCCUCGUUUCGAUUGGACCGUGGCUAGUCCAGUUAUUCAGGGAUGUCUUUUUCCAACCAGACGAUGCGGUUUCUAGUCAAGCGUUCGAUCACGGUGUUAGUCGUGAUCUUGCAGUCAGACUAAAUGGACAAAACUUGACAUUCGAUGAAUUCCGACAUGCAGUUGAAGAUACUCGCGCCAAGAACUACAUAUACGAGCAAAGCAACGAUGAAUUACUGAGGGUGGAGGCUGAUCCUCGGGCCGGAGGUGGCUCGGUUGCCCAGCUCUCUCGAUUCACCUUGAAAGACAAGUCCACUGGUCAUGAGACAUAUUCAUCGACUGUGAUUUUAGCCACCAUAGAAUUUGUGGAGGGGAGACGGGUUUUGACACAGUUGACGGAAGUGUCAAAAUAA